GGCUCACCGGCCUGGCCUCUACACCACACCACACCACACUCAGCUCACAUCACACUGCUCCUUCCUUCACUGUCAUCUUUCUACGUGUCUUGCUCAGCGCUCCAAUAUCGACAAUAAACAGCAUGAGCGGCUCCAGCUACGGCUGCCCGCACACGGCAGGCUGAAUGUUCCCUGUUUUCGGCUCAGGCAGGCAGGCAGGCAGGUGGGCAGGUGGGCAGCAGAGAGGGAAGAGAGGGGUCAACAGCCAGCCAGGCAGGCAGGUCAGGUCAGGUACAUCGUUGAUUGAUUGACACAGGGGGCGGGGAUGGGGAGCGGAGUCAGUCAGUCAGUUGAGUCAAAAGGAAGCAACAUGCGGCGUAUCCAUAGUGUCUUCACAUGGCGCCGCCGCGGAGCUGCAGCACCAUGUGGAUCGUGUUGCCAGCUGCACACACCUCACACACACACACACACGCACACCGUCACACACACACAUGGCUGCAUGUCUGCUGGCGCCUUACGUUUGACGCCAUAGUCCGACAGCUUCAGCUCGUCAGAACUGCAUAUACAUACACACACAGGCAGGCAGGCAGGCGGUGUGUGUGAGCCAAUCAAUCACUCGGCCUACAUACAGUUGUUUGCCUCCGAAGAUGAGUCGGAUCUGGUCAAUCAUGAUGCCCUCCUUCUCCUGCAGCGCCUGCUUGACCUGCAGGAUGGUGUUGUCGGGCUCAAAGUUGAAGUUCUGCUUCCGACCCGUCAGAGUCUUGAUCAAGAUCUGCAU